GAAACAAGUGGAAGGAGAUGUAGCAGACAGGCACACAUUAAUAACUCCACCACACGCACUACACGUCGUCGGCUGCACUCCUUUUACCACACUUCUCCGUAGCAUCCUCCUUUUUGCAUAACAGGACGUUUGCGAUCAUUUGCGGUGCUGCAUCGGAGCUUCAUGGCCGCGACACUCGCGAUGAGCGGCGGCGGGCAGGAGGAUCCCUUCUAUCCGCUGCAGAAGGCGACUCUGUCCGCUGGAUUCCCCCUGGAGGACUCGGCGCUGUUCGGCUUGGACUGCAAGAUCACAGAAACAGACAAGCCUGGACAAAACGACUACACACAGGCAAAGUAUGAGAUGGACAGGUAUCUCUCUCCUCAGUCUCUUCCCCUUCCACCUCAGGCAGACAGCCAGCAGAAGCCACACAGAGACAGUGCAUCCUCACUGGAUCAGUUCUUCGCUGGCGACCACACUGGGGCUCCCUACACCCUCAACAUGAAUCUUUACCUCCCUGAUGCAGCCUACCUGAGGAUGGGCUUGUGUCAGCAGGUGCGGCCCCCUCAGCACCAGAACCACACAGGUCUCAUCCAAAUCAAAACAGAAUCUGCCUCCCCGUGUUUCUCCUCCAACAUACAGCUACACUGCCCCAACACGACGCCUACUAGUAGCUGCAGCACAUCUGGGCAUGGCCCUGGCAGUAUUGCCAUGGAAAACUCAGCCAUAAACAUGACGUUAACAGGGUUACCGGACUUCACCAGUGUGUUCAACCAGUCGGGAGGCAGCGGCGGCGAUUCAGUGCCAGAAGUGUUCAUCAAGCAGGAAAUGUCAUCGCAGUUCGAGCAGCAUGCCCUUCACCCCAAUGACAACAGCGGCUCGCUUUUUCAGCUACUGAACUCUGGCAUGGACCAUCAUCAUGGCAAUGGUAUGGAGGCUCAGCAUCAGCAUCAUCAUCAGCAGCAGAUACAGCACACUUCCACUUCCACAAUCCACACGCCUUUCCAUGAUUUGCCGGUUGCUUCUUCUGCAUCUCAACAACAGCAGACUGCAAAGCCUGCAUACUGCGGCCUGGGUGGCGGGGCAUACACACAUCCUCACACUCAGGCACACCCCCAUUUCCUCCAGCAGCAGGUGCCCUACCUGCCGCCCUCUCCGCCGAGCUCGGAGCCCGGCAGCCCUGACAGGCAGAAGGAGCUGCUCCACACCAUGUCCCCUCCUCCCUCAUAUGCAGCCACCAUCGCCUCCAAGUUGGCAGGUAGCACCCCUGGACUCGGACCCGGCCCGGGACCAGGCAGCUUAGCUUUGCCUCACAAUACAUGUCCCACACCAGUUCCAGGCCAAGCCACAGGCCUUCCACAAGCACCUGCGCCAACCCCAGCCCCAGCCGCAGCUCAGACCACCGUGCCUGCCCGCUACAACCGGAGGAACAACCCAGACUUGGAGAAACGACGGAUCCACCACUGUGAUUACCCAGGCUGUAAGAAGGUCUACACCAAGUCGUCCCAUCUGAAAGCCCACCUCAGGACUCACACGGGUGAAAAGCCGUACAGGUGCACAUGGGACAGCUGCGACUGGCGCUUCGCUCGUUCUGACGAGCUGACUCGUCAUUUCCGGAAGCACACGGGCGCCAAACCCUUCCAGUGCGCCGUCUGCUCGCGGUCCUUUUCCCGAUCCGACCACCUCGCCCUGCACAUGAAGAGACACCAGAACUAGCAGCGUUUGCACUCACUCACUCACUCACUCACUCACACAC